AUGCCGACGUCUUCCUGCAAAGAUUUUGCAGACAAAAAUCCAGGAGCAAGUCAAGAGGAAAUUGCUGCUCACUUCAACCGCGAAUGGAAGACCGUGAUUUCGCGUCGCACCAUUGGUGAUAUACUGAGCCAGAAAAACAAGUGGUCUGUUGGACACUCAGUUGUUUGUGGUGCAAGAACUGAACCAAAGCGCAUGAGAAAUGCUGAAAAUGUUGAAAUGGAAAAAGCCUUGUUCUUGUGGUUUACACAAAUGAGAGGCAAACAUGCUGUGGUUACAGAUGCUAUAUUGACUAAAAAGGCACGUUAUUUUGGCAGUAAGAUGGGCGUCACAGAUUUUACCUAUUCAACAGGUUGGCUAUAGCGGUUCAAAGCACGUUAUGGCAUUUCCAUGAAAGUAAUUUGUGGUGAAACUGGACCAACGCGUGGAACAAAGCGCUAUAAAGAUCAUGUAACAGUGAUGUUUUGCUGCAAUGCAACUGGAACCGACAAGAGAAAGGUGUUGGUGAUUGGGAAAUCUAAACAGCUACGGUGCUUCCAGAAUUUCAAUAUCCAGCUUUACGUCGACUAUGUCCACUCAAGAAAGGGGUGGAUAAAUUCCUCUCUGUUCCUAGACUUUGUUUCAAAACUUAAUGCAGACAUGCUACGCCAAGACCGGAAUAUGCUGUUGCUGUUGGACAAUGCAUCUAGUCAUCCAGCAGAUGUGGAACUAUCCAACGUGACAUUCUGUUUCCUUCCACCAAACACCACUAGCCAUUUGCAGCCUCUUGAUUCAGGUAUCAUCAAGUGCUUCAAAAAUCAUUAUCGCAAGCUGCAGCUGCAGCACAUCGUGCAGAUGAUGGAUGCUGAUUCUGAUGCUGAUGUUAACCUGAAACAGGCUGUCGGUUUUAUCCAGGCUGCAUGGAAAAAUGUCAGUCCACUUGUUAUUCAGAACUGCUGGGCACAUGCCGGAUUGAUUGACAAAGGCAGUCUGGCAACAAACACCCAUGAUAUGACUGAAAGUGUGCCAGCUGCAACGUCAGCUCAGCCGUCUGAUAUCCAGGCUAUCCUCAUGAAACUUCCAGCUGCAGGCAGUCUUUUGUCAGCUGCUGAGUAUAUAGACAUUGAUGCUGCUGAACCGAUGGAACAGGAAAUGUCAGACGAAGAAAUUGUUCAAGCAGUGAUGUAUGAAGCUAACAACCCUGAUGAAGUGGCCGACAAUGAAGAUGAGUAUGAAAAACUGGACCCUGCACCACCACCAUCACUUCGUGAGGCACAGCAAGCACUGACAGUGGUGCUCAGAUAUUCUCAGAGCAGCAACAACACUACUGAGGAUGAGAUCGACAAAGGGAUGGACAUAGAUAAGAUGUUGAAAGAAAGAGCCAUGAAAAACUUAUGCCAGACAAAAAUAACUGGCUUUUUUAAUAUGCUUAGACAGUAA